UGCCUUUGUAGCCCGUAGACUGUGUAUGUAGCCAGCCAGCGCUACACGCUCACAGCUGACGCAGCAGCAACAGUUAACGGCGGAGCUCCCGUGGACGGCGAGUCGCUCCCAGGCUUUAGUGGUUAUUGUCAUUAAACAAUGAAGAAGCUGAAACGGGCUCCCUCCUGACAGUAUCCACGCUGUGAUCAAUGACGACCCGUGGCGGAGCCCGUGACUGACAUGGACGCUGGUGACAUUAAGGAUGUGAAGCUUUCACCUGAAGUGGAACCAUUUAUCCCACAGAGGAAAGGUUUUGAAGGAUCACUGGUCGGCAUGAGUCUCCCCGGCGAGGCGGGUGGCGGAGGAGGGGGCGUCGGUCUAGGAGGAGGCAGCGGAGGGGUGGAAACCGCCCCCAUACCCAGCUACCUCAUCACCUGCUACCCUUUUGUCCAGGAGAACCAACCCAACAGGCAGCAUCCUAUGUACAGUGGAGGGGAGCUGCGCUGGCCGCAGCCUAACCCCAGCCCCGGAGGUCCAUACCUGGCCUACCCCAUCUUGUCUUCCCCACAGCCUCCCGUCUCCAACGACUACGCUUACUACCAGAUCAUGCCCGCACCCUGCCCUCCCGUCAUGGGCUUCUACCAGCCCUUCCCUGGGACAUAUGCAGGUCCGGUGCAAGCCGGAGUGGUCAGUCCUGUGUCGGCGGAUGAAAGGCCGCUGCCGCUGGGGCCUACGUAUGGGAUGGCCAGCCAGAGAGGGAGAGGCAUGCCUCGAUCUAAUGUUCUUACCAAGCAGCCACAUUUGGGUGUUUGCCCGCCUCCAAGAGGUCGUCGGCCACCGAUUAGAAACAUGGCCGUGCAGAAGGAGGUGUGCACGUUGACGCCUGAUGGUCGGACCAAGACUGUUAUGUUGGUGGAUGCGGCACAACAGACAGAUUUCCCAGGUGAAGUGACGGGGCGUUGUGCCGCCGAGCGGGUUAGUCCACAGAUGUGGAACAACCGAGCAAAGAGAAGACGGGCCUCCCACCCGGCUGAAGGCUACAUGGAGCAAGGCGUCAGUGAGGCGGACAUAGACAGCGACAGUGGCUACUGCAGUCCCAAACACAACCAGGCGGCCGGGGCGACGCAACGAACUCCUGAGAACACAGCCGCUGCCAUGGGAGUAGAUACCAGUGUUGUAAAAGGUACCUGGGUAAAUGUAGCAUCUCAGGCUACUCCAAAGUACUGGAGGGACAGAAAUGGCCAGUACCACCGAGCCGAUCAGAGGAAGAUUCCUGAAGAGAGAAACUUGUCACAGGAUUUCCACAAUGGCUACUCAGGACGUCUGACAUCCAGCCAGUCAGAACAAAGAGUCCAGCCAGCAGCCGUCACUGGCAGCGAUCUUACCCCAGAGCCACUUUACUUUGAGGAUGAGGACGAGUUUCCAGAUCUUGCAGCUGGAGGGUCUGUCCAGCGCAGCACCAAACCCGAACCUGCGCCUGCUCAGACACACACUCAACCUAAACUGCCUAAAAAUCUGCUGGAUGACCUACCAGAAAACUCUCCGAUCAACAUCGUGCAGACUCCCAUUCCCAUCACUACCUCUGUUCCCAAGAGGGCUAAGAGCCAGAGAAAGAAGGCUCUGGCAGCUGCCCUGGCCACGGCCCAGGAGUAUUCUGAAAUCAGCAUGGAGCAGAAGAAAUUACAGGAGGCGUUCACCAAAGCAGCGGGGAAGAAGAGUAAAACCUCGGUCGAGCUCGACUUGGGAGACAUGCUGGCUGCUUUAGAAAAACAGCAGCAGGCUAUGAAAGCCAGACAACUCACAAACACAAAACCACUAUCUUUUACAGUGGGAACGACCACUCCAUUCCACAGCUCAGGCUCCACCAAUGUGCCGUCCAUGUUGAGGGGUCACCAGCAGGCCCUCUCUGCCCCACACAACGCUCUGGAUUCCACCACACCACGAGUGAAGAGGGGGAAGGAGAGAGAAAUUCCCAAAGUGAAACGCCCUACAGCCCUUAAAAAGAUAAUCUUAAAGGAACGUGAGGGAAAGAAAGGGAAGUCGUGCGUAGAACAAGAGUCUGCAGGCCAUGACGAGAAUGGAGACGAGUGUCUCCAGUUUACCGAUGAUCUGUCACGUGAGCCUGCCUCCCAGGAAGAAAACGGCCUGAGCGUGCCCAGCGACGCGUCCCUCUCCCCGGCCAGCCAGAACUCCCCAUACAGCAUCACCCCGGUGUCACAGGGUUCUCCUGCCAGCUCUGGAAUCGGCAGCCCGAUGGCUUCUAACGCCAUCACCAAGAUCCACAGCCGGCGCUUCAGAGAGUACUGUAACCAAGUCCUGAGUAAAGAGAUCGACGAGAGCGUGACGCUGCUGCUGCAGGAGCUGGUCCGCUUCCAGGAGCGGGUCUACCAGAAGGACCCCACCAAAGCCAAGUCCAAGCGUCGACUAGUCAUGGGCCUCAGAGAGGUCACCAAGCACAUGAAGCUGCACAAGAUCAAGUGCGUCAUCAUUUCUCCCAACUGUGAGAAGAUCCAAGCCAAAGGUGGUUUGGAUGAAGCUUUGUAUAAUGUGAUUGCCAUGGCAAGAGAGCAGGAGAUCCCGUUUGUGUUUGCCCUGGGCAGAAAGGCUCUCGGACGCUGCGUCAACAAGCUGGUGCCUGUUAGCGUCGUUGGGAUUUUUAACUAUUCCGGGGCCGAGGGGCUCUUCAACCGGUUAGUGUCGCUGACGGAAGAGGCGAGGAAGGCCUACAAGGACAUGGUGUCUGCGCUGGAGCAGGAGCAGGCAGAGGAGGCUCUGAAGAACGACAAGAAGGUCCCGCACCACAUGGGCCACUCUCGGAACCACUCGGCUGCGUCGGCCAUCUCUUUCUGCUCCAUUUUCUCUGAGCCCAUCUCAGAGGUCAAUGAAAAGGAGUAUGAGACGAAUUGGAGGAGUAUGAUGGAAUCGUCAGACGCCUUGGAGCCUGUAGAGACCGAGCCAAGUCGUCCUGCAGCGUCCACGGCCUCCCAGAGUAACAAUAGCGAACCACCACCACCACCAGCAGCAGCCGUCACCGUGGCUGCUGCCACCGCCACCAGCAGCAGUAGCAGCAGCGUCCCUCCCAGCUCCGCAGCUCCCCAGACCAGGACAGGACCCACGGCGCCGGGUGCCGCGGACAGAGACGAGGUCCGAGCUGACGACCGGCUCGAGGUGGCCUCUCAAAGCACAGAGACGGGCUCGCUGGACGGGAGCUGCAGGGGCCCACUGACCUCCUCCAUCACCUCCACCACUUCCACCCUGGUCCCUGGGAUGCUGGAGGAGGCCGAGGAGGAGGAGGACGAGGAGGAAGACUACACCCCCGAACCCAUCUCGGUGGAAGUGCCCACUCUGAGCAGCCGCAUCGACUCCUGGGUGUCGAAGACCCUGGAAAACCUGCACCUUGGAAAAAGCCAAGAAAGCACAGAGGAGGAGGACGAAGACGAGGACGGGGGGCAGAGCGGCGACGAGGACGAUCUGGAGUCGGCGGACAUCACGGAGCCGAACGCGGAGGCGAAGGAACAGGUGGAAGCUAAGAAAGCCACAGUCUGAAGCCACUCCACUGUUUUCUCUCUACAUGCACUGGUUGUUUCUGUCCCCAGUGGCCCUCACUCAUCCCUCUUCAUCCCUCUAUCUCCUCUGUGUCUGCCCCCCCCCACCCCUCCCCCGACACCAGGCAUUAUCUCAGGAAUCAACCAGUUGACCAACAUUCACACACAUUGCAGAAAAUGUGACCAGCGUACAGACCAAACUACUCCUAACACUACAACAAGGAUGCCCUCACUUCUUCUUCAACCCAGAACCUGCAACACUUGAAUCCAGAGGGGAACUUUCUUUUAUUAUUUCUCUUCCUACGCCUCUGAAGCUGAACUCUUUUUAGAGACUUUUUUUUGUUUGUUUUUUCUGGGAGCAAGUGACGAGAGCAGUCCGGAGUUUGGGAAUAUUUCUUCUCCCACAGCGCUGAAGGUUUACAGCUCUACUCGUAUUUGUCUGUGUGUGCGUGUGUGCGAUUUACAGACUCUUGCUUUAGAUUUCCGUUCUGGUUAAUUGCUUUAUCUUAAUGCGUGUGUAUGCGAGUACACACGGGUUUUUGGGUUCAUCCUUUUUGUUUUUGUUUAACAAAGGAGGGAGAGGAUUGCGUUUAGUUCCCCACUCCGUUGUGUCUGAACCAAAACGGCUCCCAUGCGUCAGUCUCCAGAGUGUUUUUUAACGUCUAAACAAUGAGUGUCUCAUCCUGUAUCUAGAUGAUUUGAUUAACUUCUAAGAAGCAAAAUAAUUUUUGUGAAUAUAACCUUGUCUUGGUGGUUCUGCUAAAGCAUUUAAUGGUUUUGUCAUAUUGAUCUUGCCUUUUGUGAAAGUAUUAGAGGUUUUCCAAAAAAAAAAAAAGAAAUGAAAAUGUAAAAUCACUGAUCUGUGCUUCAUAAAGGAAAAACAAAGUGUUCCUUAUUUAUUUUUCUUCAGUGUUUUUUUUCUCCCUACAGUGGGAGGCAGGGGUGGCAUCCACACACCUCUUCCAUGAAAAGCGUAAAAAAAAAGAAAUCCCCCCCAUUUAAAAAAAUUUUUUUUUUUACAAGUGUUUAGGUAAUUAAACAACAACACUACCUUCUAAGAAAUCUGUGUUCCCGUCUUUUAACAUCCAGGGACUCAGGUAGGUAUUUAAUAGUAGCUGUAACGCUUAAUAAUUCCCCAAAUAUCACUUUCAGUUGCUAAGACCGGAAAAAAUAAAAUCAUCGUGGAGCUUCUCUAGAUGCGAUCAGCGGGGGCUUUUUUUAUUUUCUUUUUUUUUUUUUUUUUUUUUUUAAAGGCACCCAAUUAUAAGUGCCAGCACAGAUGAGAAGUUACCAGUCUUACACAAAUUCAUGAGCAUAUUUCUGUAAAUACAGGUGUAAAAAAGAAAGGAAGAAAAAGAUUUAGAGUUGUAUAAAAAAAAUAAACCCACAGUCAUCCUGUUUUUUAAAGCUGUUUAAUACUUUCAACAUGUGGACAGAAUCCAAUUUGAUAUUAUUGUUGUUUGAUAGAUCGGACUAAAGAUGCAAAUGCAGCGUGUGAGGCCAUAUGCUGGGGGGAUGUUCGUAUACUUCAUGCUUUGAGUUAAAGUAUUUCUGGUUUAAUUAAAGGUACGAUGUGUGUGUGUGUGAGCGAGUGCGUGUGCGUUUGUAACGACUUCCAUCAAAGUGUUUGAUGUUAACUGAAAGCUAAUGUGUGUUUUUUUUCUUUCUUUUUUUUGCACUAUGUAAAUACAGUACUGGUAAAAGUCUUGUAAUUAAUGUGAACUACAACAAAAAAAGGAAGGAAAAAAAAAACGGUUCGAUGAAGUAAUUCUAUUUUGAGUGUGUUGUCUUUCUAUGGCUAUUUAAAACCAUCUCCUUCUGACUGUACUUCACUUGUGACACUGUUGGAGGCUGUGUCUCAUCAUGUUAACACUCUUAACCUAUAUGGACUGAUGAUUAACAUCAUUAAAAUAUUGUUUAGGUAAAUAC